AUGUCCUCCGCCCCCAAGCUCAAGGACCCCUCUCUCCUCAUCCAACAGGCCUUUGUCAACGGUAAAUUCGUUGACGCCGCCUCUUCACAGACCUUCGACGUCCACGACCCCGGCAACGGAAAGAAAAUAGGAUCAUGUCCCGAGUUCAGCGCUGACGAUACGAACAAUGCGAUCGCCGCCGCUGCCGAGGCUUUCCACUCGUUCAAGAAGACCCUGCCCCGAGAAAGAGCCACAUUGCUGCGGAAAUGGUAUAACCUGAUGGUCGAAAACGCCGACGACUUAGCAACCCUGAUAACGUGGGAGAAUGGGAAGCCCUUCAACGACGCCAAAGGAGAGGUCACCUAUGCGGCAAACUUCUUCCAGUGGUUUAGCGAGGAGGCGCCUCGAGUCUACGGCGAUACAAUCCCGGCCUCCGUCCCAGGAAACAGAGUCAUGACACUCAAGCAGCCUGUCGGCGUGUGUGGUCUCAUCACACCCUGGAAUUUCCCUGCCGCCAUGAUCACAAGAAAGAUUGGCCCCGCCAUUGCCGCGGGAUGCACAGUCGUGGCUAAGUCGCCCGGUGAAACACCCUUUACCGCCAAUGCGCUGGCCGAAUUGUCUCGCCGGGCGGGCUUCCCUCCGGGCGUGAUCAACAUCAUUACAGCGCUCAAGAAUACAGCCGAGGUCGGUUCCAUUCUCACCUCAGAUUCGCGGGUGAAGAAAGUUUCCUUCACCGGGAGCACGAACGUCGGCAAGCUCCUCAUGAAACAAGCAAGCAGCACGCUCAAGAAACUUUCCUUUGAACUGGGCGGAAACGCACCUUUUAUCGUUUUCGACGACGCGCCCGACCUGGACGCAGCGGUCGCCGGUGCCGUUGCAUGCAAGUUCCGCAGCUCUGGACAGACCUGCGUGUGCGCGAACAGGUUAUACGUCCAAGAAGGAAUCUAUGACGAAUUCGCCAAACGGUUUGCCGAGAAGGUCGGAAACUUCAAGGUCGGAUACGGCUUCGACGACAACAUCACGCACGGGCCUGUAAUCCAUGAUCGUGCGAUCGAGAAAGUCGACUCUCACGUUCGAGACGCGGAAAAGAAAGGCGGCAAAGUCAUCAUCGGAGGGAAGAAAUUGCCUGACUUGGGCUCGAAUUUCUAUGCCCCCACAGUGAUCACGAACGUCACGAAUGACAUGGCGAUCGCGCAGGAGGAGACAUUUGGUCCAGUGGCGGGUUUAUUCCCCUUCAAGACGGAGAAGGAAGUCGUUGCGCUGGCGAACGACGCUGAGGUUGGCCUUGCCGGUUAUUUCUACUCGCGAGACAUUGGCCGGAUCUACAGAGUCGCCGAAGCCCUCGAGGUGGGCAUGGUUGGCGUGAAUACCGGUCUGAUCUCGGAUGCCGCCUCACCAUUCGGAGGAGUCAAACAGAGUGGCUUCGGAAGGGAAGGAAGUAAAUAUGGCAUUGAGGAGUAUCUCUCUAUCAAGAGCGUUACCAUCGGUAAUAUCAGCAACGAUCUGCAGGGCUGA